AUGGAGAGGAAGAGAGCUGCUGGUCCGAAGAAACUACACACUCAGAAGCGAUCCGACGUCAUGCUCGAAAGGACCCGCCCACUGGAUCCGAUUAACCGAGCUCGAUCAGAAUAUGUUCGGCAAUUCCUCGCAAUGGCGCAACGCUUGGAGAGAUUCAAGAUGCUCUCGGCGAAUGUUGUGACCGGGAUCGUGGAAUCGAUCCAAAAGGGAGGGGAGACUCCAGUUGCAGCAGCAGGCCGCUUCUGCAGCAGCUACGAAGUGCUCGCUUGUGUUGGCCAGGGGGCGUCCGGGAAAGUAUACAAGUGCCGUAGCAAGGAGGACGAACAAAUCUACGCCAUCAAAGUCAUCAAGGUUCGCACAGCAACGAAGUCCAGAGACCAGGAUGUCGCGCUCGUCUUCAAGGAGGGAGAGAUGCUCCAGCGCUGCGAACACCCCAACAUAGUCAAAUACUUCGACAUGUGGAAGGAGGAAGGCGAGCCGGGCAAGUCGAAAGUGUACAUUGUCAUGGAGUUUUGUGGCCGCUCGCUCCAGUCGGUGCUCCUCGGCGGUGAGUCACCACCUGCAGAUGCGUUUAGGCAGCUUCUUCAAGCUGUGGCGCAUGUGCACGGCAACGUGGGUGUUCAUCGGGAUAUAGCACCACACAACAUCUUCGUCACAGACGAUGGACGCAUCAAGCUGGGAGAUUUCGGUCUUGGUAGGCAAAUGAAACAUCUCUUCCAUCUCUCAUUUGUUGGCUUACAGCUAAAAAUAAGGAGUCCAUGCUCGAGAAUGAAAUAUCAAGAAGGGGAGAGCAGUUUACUACUCUCCCCAGCGCCGGAGCAACUCAACCUACACUGA